AUAUUGGGUUGAACUAGAUCACUAAUCACUCAAUAUUUUAUACUACACCAUUUUUAAUUCAAUUAUAUUUUGUACUACUUCCUGUGAUGACCAUUAGUGAAGAUUCAUUAAAAUCUAAAUUAACAGUUGCACUUGACGCAUCGUACGUGUCUGUCAAUGAUGAUUCCGAUGGAUGUGGUGCUAAAUUUAGCGUAGUUGUGGUAUCUGAUCAAUUUAAUGGUAAAACAUUAUUACAACGUCAUCGAAUGGUAAAUGAAAUACUAGCUGAUGAAUUAAAAGAAAUACACGCGUUCUCACAGAAAACAUUGACAACAGAACAAUGGAAUAAUUUAAAUAAAGUUUAAUUGAUUUAUAAUUUAUAAAACAAGACCUAGUAUUAUAUUUUAUCAAGAC